UUCACUUGCUAACAAUGAUUUUAGUCAGAGUUACAAGUCAGGAUCCUUUUUAAAAAUUUGAGGUGGGAAGUCAAUAGAUUCAGGGGAACUUAAUUAAAUGGUUUCUGAUGAAUCAGGACCCACAUUCUCUGCUGUCACAAAAGGAGGAUCCUGAUCCAAGAAGCCAUAGUGAAAGAUGUUUCAGGUUGAUCUACAAUGAGAUUAUUCAUAACAACAAUGAUUAUGAGAUUCGGCUAUGGAGGCUGGGUGCAGCUCCAACACCAUGGCAAGGGAGAAGCAAAGAUGACGAAAGAUGGGAAGGUCUUCAGAGUGGUCCAAGAGAACUGUUGGGAUCCAGAAGUUCGUAUUAGAGAAAUGGAUCAAAAAGGAGUAUCAGUGCAAGCUCUUUCCACCGUUCCUGUCAUGUUUAGCUACUGGGCCAAACCUCAAGACACUUUGGAUCUAUGCCAACUUUUAAACAACAACAUAGCUGCCACUGUUGCCAGCCACCCCAGGAGGUUCGUGGGUCUGGGGACAUUACCCAUGCAGGCUCCAGAGCUGGCCAUCAAGGAGAUGGAGCGCUGUGUGCAGGAGCUGGGGUUUCCAGGGGUCCAAAUUGGCUCCCACAUCAAUAAGUGGAACCUGAAUGAGCAGGAACUCUUCCCAGUCUAUGCAGCAGCUGAACGGCUGAACUGCUCCCUGUUUGUGCACCCUUGGGACAUGCAGAUGGAUGGGCGGAUGGCUAAAUAUUGGCUUCCUUGGCUUGUAGGAAUGCCAGCAGAGACCACCAUGGCUGUUUGCUCCAUGAUCAUGGGUGGGGUGUUUGAGAAGUUUCCCAAACUGAAAGUGUGCUUUGCACAUGGAGGUGGUGCUUUCCCUUUCACAGUGGGAAGAAUUUCCCACGGAUUCAACAUGCGUCCAGAUCUGUGUGCCCUGGACAAUCCAACUGACCCGAAGAAAUACCUAGGCUCCUUUUACACAGAUUCCUUGGUUCAUGAUCCUCGAUCCCUCAAGCUGUUAGUAGAUGUCAUGGGAAAGGAUAAAGUUAUUUUGGGAACUGACUACCCCUUUCCACUAGGUGAACUAGAACCUGGGAAAUUAAUAGAGUCCAUUGAAGAAUUUGAUGAAGAAACAAAGGAUAAACUCAAAGCUGGUAAUGCCCUGGCAUUUUUGGAUCUUGAGAGAAAACAAUUUGAAUGACUGAAUUCACUACAAAAACAAACUUUCAAGAAGAUAUUUCACAUUUGUUUUUUAAAUAUGUAUCACAUAUGCAUUACUAAAAUCCUAUUUUGAAUUAUUUAACCUAGAAAUAGAAUAUCCCAAAUACUCUAAAUUAUUCAUAACAAAAAUGAUUCACAAAUGCUUUCAUUCUGAAAGGCAGUACAUUAUCUCACAUGAAAAUCAGAAGUUAUUUUUCCAAUGCCUUUUUUUUUUCUUUUUUGUGAUGCUGGGGAUUGAACUCAGGGCCUUGUGCAAGCAAGGCAAGCACUUUACCAACUAAGUUAUAUCCCCAGCCCUCCAAUGCCUUUUUAAUUAAUCUGGAAGAGAUAAAAAAUAAAUGUCAUUAAUUAUUUAUACAGAGAAAGACUAACACCAGAUUUAUUUUAGAGGGCUCAGGUGGGGUCUUCAUUUUGAUCAAGGAUAUGUAAAUUGGGCCCAAAUAACCUGUUUUAUUCACUUUUUAACACUUUUCACUAGCCCAUAAUUUGGCUGGGAAUGCUUUAGCCUCCACAAAAUAACCGAUGUUCAUACAGGAUAUUCAAGCCAUCAAAGAGCUUACAGCCCAAUUAAAGAAGCAAAGUACAUGUUCAUGGAAUAAUUACUGAGCAAUGCAACAUGAAGGUCAAAAAGAUUUCAGUAAAAAUAAUUCAUUUUGGUCUUAAAUGGUUAGGUAAAUCUUCAUAGAAGUGGAAUUUUGGUCGAGUGUAGCAGGAUGGAUAAGGCUUAUUUUAGGGUUACAGGAUAGGAAACAGGUAGAAAAGCAAACUGCAGGAACAUAGAUGUGAUUCCAGACCAGAUGAAAUUUAUCUAUUCUGGAGAAAAGUUCCAGUCUAUAAAUUUACCAGAAGUUCUUUUAAUACCCCUGUCCCAAGGACUGGGGAUUGAACUCAGUACCCUACACAUGCUAGGCAAGCACUCACUCUAUCAUGGAGCUACACUUCUACAUUUUUAUUUUACUUUGAUACAGGGUCUUGCUAAAUUGCUAGGUUCACCUUGAAGUUGAAAUUCUCCUGCCCCAGCCUCCCAUGUAGCUGGAAUUCACCAUACUUGGCUAAUUUUUAAUUUAAAAUACUGAUCAAAAUGUAUAAAGCUAGCCAUGAAGAGUGAGCUGGCCAAUACCAGGGUAUCCUUGUUCUACUCAUUCUAUUUAUGGUCCCACCUGGGCCGUUGCAAAGAUCCUGGUAAGGGUGAUGAACAACUGUGGUUCAUAUAAAUCUGGCUGAAUUUCAAAAUCAAAUCAAUGAAAUUUUUCCAAAUGAUCUUCUUGCUUUGGGUUCAUUCAUACUUCCUUUCCCUUUCCUUAGUACAGAAAAUCAAAAGUAUUGCCAUAUAAUUUGUGUUGACCAAUCUUAAGGGUGAAGAAGAGAUCUAAUUCUUACUAAACUUCCCAUUCCAUUAUUUUUACUUUAUAUAGUUCAUCCAUCUCCCUCUCCCUCUCUCUCCUCCAACCUCCUGUAGCUUUCUAGGAUUUUGCCCAGCAACCUCUCUGCUUAUUACUUCAAUCUGUCUAAAAAGAAAAAUAAGGUUAAACAAGGUAAUGUUAGACAGCUAGUCAGUCACACGGAUAAGCAGGGGAAAAGACAAUGAAGGAUGACUAAAAGCCACAGGGACCCUUAUCUGACAGAUAAGCACCUGGAAGAUGGGACUUGGUGUGUUAAAACCUCCCCUAGCCAAAGUUACAUUCCUUUAAGUAAAACUUGUUCCGUGUCCAAGUCACUCCCUCCCAGGUAUCUGGACCCUAUCACAACUCCAUUGCCUUCUACCACAACUAAAACAUUUAAGAAGACCCUCAUCAAGAAAGCUUGAUGGGGGCUAUUCAAGUGCUAAUAAACUGAUUAAGAAAGCAGGAAAUUGAGGCCAAAACUGGAUCAAUAACAAACCCACUAAGGGGACAAGUAAUUGGGACAAAAACAGGGGAACUUCCUUCAGGAAGUUCCCAUUCUUAUGGGAAUUUCCUAAAACACUUCAACUCUGAAUACCAUACCUUUCUUGAUGGUGGUCCAUGAAGUUCCUGUGCUGUCAGUCAAAAGUCAGAAGGUGGACUUAGACAGAACUCUGGAAACUUCCCCUAGGACUUCCAGUAAAACAGGAGGGCUGAAGAGGCCCGAUAUCCCUUUCCUCUCUGAGAGAACCCUUUUCCUACCUUCAGAGUGUCCCUUUCCCCUUUCCUGAGCAACAUAUCUGAAAUCUUUCUGGCCUCACCAAAAGUAUGGGGGUGGGGGGAUUCCUGCUGCCUCAAUUCCUGCUGCCAGAGGGCCCAUGCUCUGUAACAGUAACAGCAUGAAGCAUGUUUUUGUUUUUUUCAUCCCCAAAUCUUUGGGAGAAAUGUCUAUUCCUUUUCAAAUAUUUCAUAUUUCAACCACUUGAAUAUAGUACUUAGUGACUGUUUUAUAAAAAGGGACUCAGUAAGGUGACUCUAUGACCAGUGUGAUUCUGCAAUCUGUACAAUCAGAAAAAUGAGAAAUUAUACCCCAAUGAUUCAAAUGUAUGAAUUGCCAAGAUCAUUGUAAUGUCAUGUGUAGCUAACAAAAAAUAAAUAAAAUUUUUAAAAGAG